ACUCAGUGGGACACACUUCGCAAGCUCCAGGAACGGUCAAGCUCACAACAUGGGCCUCUACAGCGUCGUCUUCUUGAUCACUGUUGCUAUUUUGCAGAGCGCUACUUCUUUUGCUGCGGUCCCAUCGAAUGCCUUGGCUGUGGAUUAUUCGCCUAAUGGCAACGAGCGCGGCGCCCUUAUUACUAGGCUUCUGAGAAGUAAUAACGGAGUGGACAAUGGCGAGGAAAGAUUAGUCUGGUGGGAGCAGCUCACAAAAGUGCUCAAGCGGGAUGAUGUGAUGGUCAAGAGGCUGUUGGAGAACGGAGAAACCCCCCAUCAGGCUCUCGUUUCACUAGGUUUAAACAAGGGAGCUGGUAACCUCAUUUCUGAUGCCAAGUUUGGGAGGUGGUUCAAGGCCGUUGCUAAGACCAACAAGGACAACUGGGAUAUUGUAAUGCUUGCGGCCCUCCGACAGGAUCGUACAGAAGCAGAAUUGGCCAGCCUGAUCCUUGCGGCGAAGAAAGGGAGGAACAAACGUAUCGCCAAGAAACUCGAGGAAGCUCAGUUCAAGAAAUGGCUCGAUGAUGGUUACUGGCCGUCAGACGUCAUUGAAAAAGUGUACAAGCUGGGUCCGGGUACAUGGACUAGAACUGACGCGAAGCCAGUUAGGGAGGCAUACAAGAAGUAUUUCCGCAAGAUGCGCCCAGGACUAUUAACCUAACACCUUUGCAACACGUAGCG